CAACACUUUCAACAAAAACAUAUAUAACCCACCCACCCUCAUGCAACUCUCCACAUUCAGACAUGAACCAACAAGGACGACUCAGCCAGGAACAGUCCUACAGAGGUGUCCGAAAGCGCAAAUGGGGAAAAUGGGUGUCCGAAAUCCGAGAGCCAGGCAAGAAAGCCAGAAUCUGGCUCGGAAGCUACGAGGCACCCGAGAUGGCUGCAGCCGCUUACGACGUAGCUGCAUUGCACUUAAGAGGCUCCGCGGCUCAUCUUAAUUUCCCUGAACUGGUUGGGUCUCUUCCCAAGCCAGUUGGUUCGAGCCAUGCGGAUGUGCAGAGGGCGGCUCAAGAGGCUGCCAUGGGGUUCGGGAAAAGUGAGAAUCGAGGGCCCGUUACGGUGCAGUUGAGUUCGAGCGAGAUUAGAGCGAUCAAUGAGUCUCCGUUGGACUCGCCGAAGAUGUGGAUGGAAAUGGGGGGCUCGGUGUUUCUGGAGGAGAGGCGAGAUGAGGAGCAGCUUGAAGAAAUGCAGUGCAGUUCUCUUUGGAAGUUUUGAUUCACUGAGAAAAUUUGUAGAACACUUAUUGAUAUAGUAUUUGUUUUAGUCCAAUACAAUAACAUAACAUAAGUAUAGUA